AAAAACAAAUCGCACCGCGCGCGGAAUUCGCAAAAAAAAGUGAGAAAUUAGUAAUAUUUUCCACCUUAGCAACGUGCGCUAACAAAGUUAAAAAGUGUUCAACUCGCGCCGUUGUUUGUGCUGGAAGAGUAGACCCAGGAAAACGUCCUACUCACCCAGAACUUGCCGGUGGACCGGCUUCCGGAACAGGUGAAGGCGAUGGCCGGACUGUGCGCCUGUGUGAAACACCUGAGCAAAGAGGAGAUCAAGCAGUUGAUUGAGAAAUCGGAGAAGCCGGAAGAAUUCAUCAAAGAUGAGAAGCUCCGAGAGAUGUUCCAGUGCGAGAACGAGAUUGGGCGCAGCAAGAGUAACGCUAUCAAGUACUUGAAAAUCGUGGAGGAGUCGCUGCAGUUACUAGCAAACCCGCAGCUGAUGGAUGACGAAGAGAGGCGCGAUGAGUUCUUUAUGGAACUUAUGCCAAAGUUUGAGGACGAGUACAUCGAAAACAUCACCGCGUCCGAUCCAGAUGAGAUAAUUAAUCAACGUCGCCGGUUUCUGGAACAGGUGCUAAAAGAAUACACUCGGAUGCUUGGCGAAUCCGAACGGUACGGCAAGUUCAAAGAGAAGCUGAAGAAGGCGUACGAAGGAAAGAUCAAAAUCGAGAAAAAUCCAUGAUAGUGCCUUGCUGCCGUCCUCGCCGUCGCUGGAUGCAACGCGCCUGUUGAACUGCAAGUCCCCAAAGAACAAAACAUCCACAGACUGGUUAUUUAUAUUGUUUUGCGAUCCUGCGGCGGCUUCAUCUUAAAUAAGUUUUAACAAAUAGUUCUCGUUUCAGGAAAGAUAAGCGCAACACCACUUAUUUAAGAAGCCUUAAUAAUUUAUACAAGAAAUAUACACAUGAGA